AAGUCUCAGAGGGUGGAGAGCAAUGCAGCAAAAUCUUUUUGGCAGGAACAGCCAGUAGGAAGUUCUGGCUGAGAGUUCCCCAGAAGUGACCUGGCCCACCAACCACAACACACAGGGCUGGGCUGCAGGAACAGGGAGGCACCUUGGUUUGGAUCAUAAAUUUUGGGGGUGAUUAUUGUGUUGUUGUUUUUUAAACAGAGAGCCAGGAAUUAGAUUCUCACCUUGUCUUUGCUGCUGACCACCUGCAUGAAUUGGAUCUUUAGCAUCAUGCUGUCACAGUCCAAGACCGAGGAAGCCUUUGACUCCACUUUGAAGGACAUCAUUAUCCCCCAAAGAGAGAAACCUGGAUACAUUUAUCAAAAAGAAGAUACACUGCAGAAUGAUCUUCAAAAAGAAACCACAGUUGUUGGAUGUAUUCAUAUCCUGUGUUGCCUGAUGAUUUCAAGUUUUGGGGCGAUUUUGGUUUCUUCUCCCUACUCUUCCCACCUCAAGCCAGCAGUUUCCACCAUGUUGAUGUCUGGGUAUCCAUUUGUAGGAGCUCUGUGCUUUGCCAUUACUGGAAUUCUUUCCAUUGUCUCUGGGAAAAAAUCAACUAAGCCCCUUGCCAUCUGCAGUCUGACCUCUAAUGCAGUGAGUUCUGUUGUCGCUGGAGCAGGCCUCUUCCUCCUCAUUUACAGCCUGGUAGCCCUGAGGACUGUCUCUCAACUGUGUAACUCAGAAAAGGAGCAUCUAUCUUCCUUGCCUUAUUCAAGGUACCCUAAUCCAAUAUAUGAUGUCAAGAACUGUGUCCUGGAUGGUGUCAGUCUCACAGGUGUCCUGGUGGUGAUGCUUAUCUUUUCUAUGCUGGAGCUCUUAUUAGCUGCAUAUGCUUCCGUCUUUUGGUGGAAACAGGUCUACUCCAGCAACCCUGGGAGUUCAUUUUCCUUGCCUCAGUCACAAGAUCAUAUCAAACAUGUCAAAGACUUCUUCAAGGGUAUGGCUAUGAGUAACUGUUGGCUGUGGAGGAAAAGGAAGGAGAAACCCAGUGCUUAUGGCAAAGUGUGAUUAGACUUCCCUGAAAUUUCAGCUAUUUUAGAUGCUGGAAGAAACUUUUU